CCGGAGCUGCAGCUCUGCAUUAUUGAUGCCUCGCGCUGCUCCAGCAAUGGAAGGGGCCGAGCCCUUCUCUCCCGCUGGACCCCAUCCUUCAGGAGGGGGGUUGGCUUAGGGUCAGUCCCCGUAGCCCCACGGUGUCCCAUAGGGAGCAGCACCACGCGUGCCCCGCUGACGGACAGCCCCGAGUUCCAGCCUCCGGGCUUCGACACGGCCAGCUUUGUGGGCGGCAUCGUGCUGGUGCUCAGCGUGCAGGCCGUCCUCUUCUUCAUCCUCAAGUUCAUCAAGUCCAAGGACAGCAGCUACCAAACGCUAGAGGACAACCAGUAGGUGCUGAGCGCUGCCAGAGGAUGGGGAGGGGGCUGCCCUGCUGCCCCACUGCUGCCCCCGGGGGAAGGGGCUCAUUCCCACCUUCCUGCUUUGCAUGGCGGGGGGGUUCUCUGCUGUUUGCUGUUUGUCCCCGGGGCUGUGAGGUGACCCCACAUCCCCGUCCCUUCUGCUGUGUCCCCAGGAAGGUGGCAGGCAGCCCCCGUCCCAUUGAGCCCCUCUCUGGGGUGGGGGCUUCCCCCCCAGGAAUUGCUCUCUAAUAGAGCACGCAGCAGUGUGCAUCCCCCCCUCACCCCCAUCC